GCGAGGGAGAAGAGAGAGACAAACACAGCGAAACAACCCGCAACCAUCAGAUGUGAAGACUUCCUACACCGUUCCCACUGCCCGGCCAGAUAGAUGUUUUGUCCGCCGGGUCGCACGAAUCACAAUGAACGCGCAGCUGACGAUGGAGGCGAUUGGCGAUCUUCACGGGGUGAGCCAUGAGCCGGUACCCGCCACAGCCGAUCUGAUGAGCAGCAGCCCCCACCAUCGCAGCUCUGUAGCCCAUCGCAGUAGCCACUUGCCCGCUCACCCCCGCUCCAUGGGCAUGGCGUCCAUCCUGGACAGCGGCGGGGACUACCACCACCACCACCGACCCCCCGAACACGCCCUGGCGGGGCCCCUGCACCCCACCAUGACCAUGGCGUGCGAGACCCCUCCAGGUAUGAGCAUGACCAGCACAUAUACCACGUUAACCCCUUUGCAGCCUCUACCUCCCAUCUCGACGGUCUCGGACAAGUUCCCACAUCACCAUCACCACCACCACCACCAUCACCAUCCUCACCACCACCAGCGGAUCGCCGGCAAUGUGAGCGGUAGCUUCACUCUCAUGCGGGACGAGCGGGGACUAGCGUCCAUGAAUAACCUCUACACCCCCUACCACAAGGACGUACCCGGCAUGGGCCAGAGCCUUUCGCCCCUCUCCGGUUCUGGUUUGGGGGGCAUUCACAACUCCCAGCAAGGACUGCCCCAUUACGCCCACCCGAGCGCCACUAUGCCCGCUGAAAAGAUGCUCACCCCCAACGGCUUCGAAGCCCACCAUCCAGCCAUGCUAGCCCGGCACGGGGAACAGCACCUCACCCCCACCUCCGCAGGCAUGGUACCCAUCAAUGGCCUCCCGCACCACCCCCAUGCCCACUUAAAUGCCCAGGGUCAUGGUCAGAUCCUGGGCACUGCCCGGGAGCCAAACCCUUCGGUGACCGGCUCCCAGGUCAGUAAUGGAAGUAAUUCAGGGCAAAUGGAAGAAAUCAAUACCAAAGAAGUGGCGCAGCGGAUCACCACCGAGCUCAAACGAUACAGCAUCCCUCAGGCCAUCUUCGCUCAAAGGGUGCUGUGCCGCUCGCAAGGGACCCUCUCUGACCUGCUGCGCAACCCUAAACCUUGGAGCAAACUGAAAUCUGGCCGGGAGACCUUCCGGAGAAUGUGGAAGUGGUUACAGGAGCCGGAAUUCCAGCGAAUGUCAGCGCUCCGGUUAGCAGCAUGCAAAAGGAAAGAGCAAGAACAUGGGAAGGAUAGAGGGAACACACCCAAAAAGCCUAGGUUGGUCUUCACAGAUGUCCAGCGUCGAACUCUACAUGCAAUAUUCAAAGAAAAUAAGCGUCCGUCCAAAGAAUUGCAAAUCACCAUUUCCCAGCAGCUCGGGUUGGAGCUGAGCACCGUCAGCAACUUUUUCAUGAAUGCAAGGAGGAGGAGUCUGGAUAAGUGGCAAGACGAGGGCAGCACCAAUUCAAGCAAUUCAUCUUCUUCAUCAAGCACUUGUACCAAAGCAUGAAGAAAUAACCACAAACUAAAACCUCGGUGGAAAAGCUUUAAACAAAAAUUUAAGAAAAAUUAAAAAAAAAAAAAAGACCAGGACUUCAAGAUAGCAGGUUUAUACUUAGAAUUAUUUGAAAAAAAAAGUUAUUUAUAGUCCAAAGAAACCAAAGACUGAACUCACCUGCAUCCUGACUUUGUUCUGAGACACACACUUCAGCAGGGUGACGACUUGGCAGAGGAAGUCAUGAGCAAGAGAACUGCUGGGUCUUACGCCGUCCAUCCAUGAUCAUUCUUGCUGUGCUUGGCUCUUUCGUGGUUUGAAGCAUAGUGAUUUUUAGCCAUUGAAUGGACAUCUUUUCAGAUCUGACUCCUUCAUCUCUUCUAGCACACCGUGAAGGUGUAUAGUGUCUCAGUACUGUGCGUGCACACACCCCCACACACACACCCACCACCAAUGGUUAGGGAUAUAGGCAGGGUUGGUCUUCAGGAAAGGUUGUGCCGUGGAGCACAGCCAACAUGGUGUGGAGUUGUCCGAGUUCAUUUGAACAGAAGUGGGAUUUCGCUCUUCUAUUGUUUGAACCUGCCAGGCCUAUAACCUAAAUGCAGAUUCAAACCCAGCAAUGAAAAUUUGAAUGACUCCUAAACUAGUGCAUUCUCUUUGUUUGUUAAGGAAUGUUCAGAUAUUUUUUAAAAAAUGAAACAAGAUUCCAUCCAUUAAAAAAAAAAUUCACCUAGGUACCAAAGAACACAUUUAAUAUUAUAGUGCAGGUAUUUUAUUGCAAUGAUUUUAAUAUUCCAAAGCUAUUUUUACACAAAAAUACUAUGUAAAGUUAUACGUAUGAACUGACCUAACUGUAUAAUACAGUACACAUAUAAUCA